UUCCGGCGCAAACCCGACCAACGUGUGCAGUGGACGUGGUCGGUGGAGCCCGGUGACUACGUGUCUCUCCGCGCCGCGCUGCCAGUGUUUGGGCUCUGCUUUCCGGUCCUUCACGCUGCGAGCAGCUGUCCUCAGCUAUAAGAGCCAUGCUUGCCAGACUGGCCUUGUGCUCCCGCUCGCCAUCCAGAAUCCGGCAGUCAAAUGUCUGUCCGGUCUCCAUCAGAGCGUUUGCCCAGUCUAAAUUCCCACGUCCCCAUGGGAAGUCUUUGGCCCACCGCAGCGAGUUAAAGAAGGCCAAGCGCAUUGUCGUGAAGCUGGGCAGUGCUGUGGUGACGCGGGAUGAGUGUGGUCUGGCGCUGGGGCGACUGGCCUCAAUAGUAGAGCAGGUGGCCAUGCUGCAGAAUCAAGGGAGGGAAAUGAUGAUCGUCACCAGUGGCGCCGUGGCCUUUGGGAAGCAGCGGCUGAGGCACGAGAUCCUGCUGUCUCAGAGCGUCCGACAGGCCUUACAUUCUGGGCAGAACCAGCUCAAAGAAAUGUCCGUUCCGGUUUUAGAGGCAAGGGCAUGCGCAGCUGCUGGACAGAGCGGCCUGAUGGCGUUGUACGAGGCCAUGUUCACCCAAUACAGCACCUGCACGGCACAAAUUCUGGUCACCAACCUGGACUUUUAUGAUGAGCAGAAGCGUCGCAACCUGAACAGCACUCUCCAUGAGCUGCUGCGAAUGAACAUCGUUCCCAUCAUCAACACCAACGACGCCGUCGUUCCGCCCCCUGUUCCCAACAGUGACCUGCAGGGAGGAAAUGUAAUAAGCGUCAAAGAUAAUGACAGCCUGGCUGCACGGUUAGCUGUUGAAAUGAAGGCGGACCUCCUAAUUGCCCUGUCGGAUGUAGAAGGCUUAUACGACCGUCCCCCAGGAACAGAUGAUGCCAAGCUCAUUGACAUCUUCUAUCCUGGAGACCAGCAGUCAAUCACGUACGGCAGCAAGUCCAGAGUCGGCAUUGGCGGCAUGGAAGCAAAGGUGAAAGCAGCCCUCUGGGCUCUGCAGGGUGGCACGUCUGUCGUCAUCGCCAACGGCACGCAUCCUAAAGUCACGGGCCACGUCAUCACGGACAUUGUGGAGGGGAAGAAAGUCGGCACCUUCUUCUCGGAGGUGAAACCUGCAGGUCCGACUGUGGAGCAGCAGACGGAGAUGGCCCGGCAUGCAGGCAGGGCUCUGGCCUCCUUGGACCCUGAACAGAGAGGGGAGAUCAUCUGCUCUCUUGCUGACCUGCUUACAGAGAAGAAAGAUGAGAUCCUUAGUGCCAACAAGAGAGACAUGGAGUUAGCAACAACGUCAGGUCGUCUCUCCCAGCCUCUGAUCGACCGCCUGAGUCUGUCCACAUCUAAGCUGAACAGCCUGGCUAUUGGCCUCCGCCAGCUUGCCGUGUCUUCCAGGGACAGCGUGGGUCGGGUGCUGAGGAGGACCAGGGUGGCCAACAACCUGGAGCUGGAACAGAUCACUGUGCCAAUCGGUGUCCUGCUGGUCAUCUUUGAGUCGCGUCCUGAUUGUCUCCCGCAGGUGUCGGCUCUGGCUAUUGCCAGUGGAAAUGCUUUGCUACUGAAGGGGGGUAAAGAAGCUUCCAACACCAAUAGAAUUCUACAUCAACUCGCUCAAGAAGCGCUUUCCAUUCACGGAGUGGCAGAUGCCAUUCAACUGGUGAGCACACGUGAAGAAGUGGAGGAUCUGUGCCGACUGGACAAGUUGAUCGACCUGAUCAUCCCAAGGGGCUCGUCCCAGCUCGUUAGGGAAAUCCAGAGGGCGGCCAAGGGCAUUCCUGUUCUGGGCCACAGCGAGGGCAUCUGUCACGUCUACAUAGACAAUGACGCCAGCAUAGACAAAGCUAUAGACAUCGUCAGAGACUCAAAGUGUGACUACCCCGCGGCCUGCAAUGCCAUGGAGACCCUCCUUAUUCACAGGGACUUGUUGCGAACUCCCAUAUUCGACCAGAUCAUUGACAUGCUGAGGACCGAGCACGUGAAGAUCCACGCAGGCCCCCGGUUUGCCUCUCAUUUAACCUUCAGCCCGUCCGAGGUGAAGUCUCUGAGGACUGAGUAUGGGGACCUGGAGUGCUGCAUUGAGGUGGUGGACAGCAUGCAGGACGCCGUGGACCACAUCCACAAAUACGGCAGCUCUCACACAGACGUCAUUGUUACUGAGAGCGAAGAGAAGGCCGAGCAGUUCCUGCAGCAGGUGGACAGCGCCUGUGUGUUCUGGAAUUCCAGCUCUCGCUUUGCUGACGGCUACCGUUUUGGCCUAGGAGCUGAGGUCGGUAUCAGUACAGCACGGAUACAUGCCAGAGGUCCCGUGGGGUUGGAGGGGCUUCUGACCACUAAAUGGGUCCUUCGAGGAGAAGGACACACUGUGGCUGACUUCUCUGAGCAAGGGAGCAUGAAAUACCUUCAUGAAAACAUCCCCAUCCCCCAGGGGGGCUUUAGUUAGGGGCCCAACCAAAGAGCCAUCAACAGGAAGCAACUUAAGUACCCAGUUUUCAGGAGGAGGUUUUGGAUUAUUAGUAGCACUUCAACUUCUGUAAAGUGCUGCUGUUCUUCAACUGUAUGAAUCCACUAUUUUGGUGCAGAAAACCUGCAUGCAGAACAGAUGCUACUUUUACUGGACAGCUUAUAAGAUAAAUACCAAGCCCCAGAGAAGAUGAGUGAUUGUUACAUAACAGAGUAUUAUGGUAAAAAAGAAAAAGAACAUAAUCUGUUUAAAAUGUAAAGUAAACAGAGACUUAUCUUUGCUCUUUAAGGGUUUGUUUUUUCUGUUUUUUUAUAGGAGUACAAAAAAAAGAUAAUUGACUUGACUAUGAUAUUGUAACUUAUUUUUCUACAUGGAUACCCCUUGGCCUUUUUGGAAUUUUCUGUUUGUGCAGGCUCUUGGUUCAAUAUAUAUUAGGCUGUCUUUGCACAGAUGAUUUAAUAAAUGUGUUAUUUGCAAACUGUAA